UUCCGCUUCCGGGUCAGUUCAAGUUGUCGCCCCGUUCAUGCAUGUUGAUGAAUCAGUCGAAGUUUAUCCCCUCAACUGAUACAUUUCAAUUACUACAGUUUAAUGUAAUAACUUAUAAUACAGACAUAUUCAAAUAGUUAAAGCUCAAGUUGUGGAUAUACUAUAUAAGGAUGCCGUCGCUCAGCUGUAGAUUCUACCAGCACAGGUUUCCAGAGGUGGAAGAUGUGGUGAUGGUCAACGUGCGCUCCAUCGCAGAGAUGGGAGCCUACGUAAGUCUACUGGAGUACAACAACAUUGAAGGCAUGAUCCUCCUUAGCGAGUUGUCUCGCAGACGUAUCCGCUCCAUCAACAAACUCAUCAGGAUCGGACGCAACGAGUGUGUGGUCGUCAUCCGAGUGGAUAAGGAGAAAGGUUACAUUGAUCUGUCCAAGAGAAGAGUUUCACCCGAGGAGGCAAUCAAGUGCGAAGACAAAUUUACCAAAUCCAAAACGGUGUACAGCAUAUUGAGGCAUGUGGCUGAGGUUCUGGAGUACACCAAAGAUGAGCAGCUGGAGAGCCUGUUCACACGCACCGCCUGGGUGUUUGAUGAGAAGUACAAGCGGCCUGGAUACGGAGCCUAUGAUGUCUUCAAACAGGCUGUGGCGGACCCAGCCGUUUUAGAUUGUCUGGACCUGACAGAGGAGGAGAAGGCUGUCCUCAUUGACAACAUCAACAGAAGACUGACCCCACAAGCUGUCAAAAUCAGGGCAGACAUUGAGGUGGCCUGUUACGGGUAUGAGGGGAUCGAUGCUGUCAAAGAAGCGUUGAGGGCAGGGCUGGGCUGCUCCACAGACGCCAUGCCAAUCAAGAUUAAUCUGAUAGCGCCGCCGCGCUACGUCAUGACCACCACCACACUGGAGCGCACAGAGGGUCUCUCUGUCCUCAACCAGGCCAUGGCUGCCAUCAAAGAGAAGAUCGAGGAGAAGCGAGGAGUCUUUAACAUCCAGAUGGAGGCGAAGGUUGUGACAGACAUAGAUGAGACAGAGCUGGCCCGCCAGCUGGAGCAACUGGAGAGGGAGAACGCUGAGGUGGACGGAGAUGACGAGGAUGGAGAGAUGGAGGCCAAGGCAGAGGACUAAACUCGAUGAAGAACUGAGGGAUUGGAUAUGACGAGGACACAUAUUAUACAUAUGCAGUCCAGAGCAUGUAUUCAUAAAGCAUCGCAGAGUAGGAGUGCUGGUCUAGGAUCAGUCCACCCCCCCAUAUGUAAUCUUAUGCAUAAUGGUCUAAAAGGCUAAACUUAUCCUAGAUCAGAACUCCUAUUUUGAGAUAUUUCAUGAAUACAGGCCCUGUCUGAUGAGACGAACUUCAUAUCAAAUCAAGCAUUCUAGAACGUCUCGCCAACUGAACCCUUUGGAUCAGUAGCAGGGACCCUCUCAGGGAGACCGAUAGAGAGACGGCUACAGCCACUGACUGUCAUACUGCCAAACACAGGGCUGGGAAAGGCCUCUGUGAUUAUACCAAUGGACACAAUAACAAAUGAAUGUGAUCACUGAACCCUAGCUGUUUGAAUUGCGUCAGAACGGGUGGGUUGGUGUAGGAUUAGCCUAUUUGUGCUGUAGCCAACUCCUCUCUGUGUGGAAGAGUUGGCUACAGCACAUAUAUAAUACAAAAUGGGACAAGGCUUGGGUUGGUGGGGUGGUAGCCUGGUCCCGUGCUGAAUGUUCUGUAACCAACUGUUUGUGACACAUACAGUAUAGGACCAGGCUAGAGUGAGUAGGGAUUUAGAUGGAUUCUGAGAAUAUAAUAAUACUUGAGUGUUUUAUAUAUAGCAAGGAAAUAUUUUAGGAAUGAGUACUUUCGAAAGUGGCCUUGACUUUCUCCCCAACUCCGUGAAAGGACAAUAGCUUUCUUGUCGUUUUCCUGCUCAAUGUGGUUCAAGUGAAAUGUCGGAAGGAAAAGAGUAUAAUGCUUACCUAACCAACUCACACAGAUCUUUAUAACUUAGGGUGCAUUCUGGAUGUAUUUCUAUUUUGACAGGACUACAUUCUUAACAUUAAAUUAAACAAAUAAAAAAAGUA